AUGUCCAAGAACAGUGGUGCCAUCUACCUGACCAUCUCCUCGUGCCUCAGUGCUGCCACCCGGCCGGAUCUUGACAAUCAAGGCGCUGAAUUCAACACUGGCCUGAGCAGUCUCUCCCUCACGGUUUUCUCGACGUUUACCUUCAUCAACACUGGGCGCGGUGCGGCCUUGAUCUCGGACGGCACCAACAGCUACAUGGUGACGCGGAGCGGCCACCGAGGCUCCACGAUCGUGUGUAGCUGCAUUACAUCGAACCUCCUGACCUGCGAUGCGUCUGUUACACCCGUUCUGUUCCAGACAACCGAUGCCACCCUCGCGUCGAGACCUUCCUCGGAGUGCGUAUCCAUCAGCGCAGACUCAACUUACGACAUGAGUGGGCGGCAGUGCGCUUUCGGAUCGGCUUAUUGCCCUUCUUGCUGGAUCUUGGACACCUCCAGCAACACUGUCAGCCUCACUCUGACGAACUGCAACAACUACUUCAAGAUUGACGUUGGCUCGAACAAUGCCAUUAUGUCCUACACCUUUGUGAACACAGGUUCCAACGCUGCGACGCUGUCAGACGGGACGAACGAUUACACCCUUUCGGCUCAGGGAACUGGGACAUCUCACACGCACUGUCUGUGUCACAUUUCUGGCGCCAGUCAUUUGUUGGCCUGCGACGUGCCAGCAAUUGCUGCAACCGGAAGCACGCCCAUCAACACCUUUCCGCAGGACAUUCAGGUGGCCACUCAAGUGAGAUUUGGUGGCACCACCACCUAUCUCAACUACGUCAGCGGAACGCCAGCCUUGGAGAUGUACGUCGGCUCGAACCGUGCACUCUCCGGCACGAGCACUGCCGGGGGAUCUGGGAUCCUCCAUGGGACUUGGAACCUGGACGCGGCCACAGUCACCUCCGAUGCCCGAUUCAAGCGGGACAUUGAGCCGUUGCGCACCACGCUCAAGCGGGUGUGGCACCGAGGGAAGGACGGCAGCCAGAAGGAAAGCAACGAGAAGGAAGCAGACGAGGCCGACGAAAGCAAGAUUUUCGACUGGGUGCUGAACCGCUUAAGGCCCGUUUCCUACGUGCCUACGAGAGAUCAAACUCAUGGCCGACGCUUCGGCUUCAUCGCCCAGGAGCUAGAGGAGGUCUUCCCCGAAAUGGUGCGAGACCUGAACCUGCCUUCAGCGGACCACAAGACCGUCCACCUUUUGGAUCUCAUCGCUCUGGUGGUCGCCGCGGCGCAGCAGCAGAGCAGCCAGCUCCGGAGUCUGCAGGGAGAGGACAAGUCUACCAGUGAACAGUUGCAUGCCUUGGAGAAACGCCUCUCCCGUGUCGAAGAGCUGGAAGCGCGUGUGGCGCAUCUGGAGAAAACCGUGGCCACUUUCCUCACGGCAGGUUCGCCGCCAGCUUCACCAGACACGUGA